UUCAGCUUCUUGAACCAGUCAAUGAUGGUAUUAUUCAUGGUCCCACGUGGACUACAGACAUCUUCCAAGGUCAAACUCACUCUCCAUGAUUUGUAAAAUCAACCUACCAAUAGACAGAUUCCCGGAAGCAAGAAAAAAGCAUGUUUAUCCAAAAGAAUGUUAGGUGCACAUGAUCCGGACACAUUCACAGUGCUGAUUCUCACCUGUGGACCACAUCUCCUUCACCUGAAUGCUCACAUUGUGUCAGUCACAUGAAAACAAAAACAAGAACAUCCAGGAACUAGAGGGCAAUUGGUCAAGCAUAUCCCUGGACCAUCCAUCCCAUUGGCUGUUGAAGGUAUAAAUAAGGGCACACAGUAAGACAAAGCUUUGUCCUUACGUCUCAUCUGCUAUUCGGGACCUCCGUGAAACACUACAGAGAGGAUUUGCUGGUGUUCCAGGUGUGCCUGUGACAUACUGAAACAAUUUGUCUUGGGAGGGAUGACACCAACCAGAACAAUCUUCCACCUGCUGCCACUCCUGCUGCUGGGACUGUGGCUGGCUGUGGCCUCCGUCAGUGCCAAGCCCAAAAACAUGACCUCUGCUCAGUGGUUUGAAACUCAGCAUAUCCAGCUAGACCCCCAGAGCUGCAACGCUGCCAUGCAUGCCAUCAACAAGUACACCAGACACUGCAAGAACCGCAACUCCUUCCUGCAUGAGCCCUUCUCCAGUGUGGCCACCGCCUGUCAGACCCCCAAUAUAGUCUGCAAGAAUGGCCGGGAGAACUGUCACCAGAGCCUGAACCCAGUGCCCUUGACUGACUGCCGCCACACCUCGGGGAAGUACCCAGACUGCAGGUACAAGGAGAAGCAAAUGGAUGCGUACUUCAUCGUGGCCUGUGAGCCUCCCACAGUGAAGGAUGAUCAGGACUAUGAGCUGGUUCCCGUGCACUUGGAUGAAAUUAUAUAAUGCCCAGCCCCGUCCCCCGAACUCCUAAUGCUGCAUUCUCUCUUGAGCUCUUGUUUCCUUGAUUUACGAAUCCUUACUUUAACAAAUACCAGUUCACUCCCACACACCCAGCUUCACUCCACUUAAUCCUUUUUUUUUCUACCAGGGUUAUUGCUGGGGUUCAGUGCUUGCAUAAUGAAUCCACAGCUCCUGGUGGUACUCUUAAGAUUCUUUAGGGGUGUGGGGGUUCACUGAGGCUCCAGAUGAUGUUGCUUUCAACACAUGAUACCAUGAGGCCCUUCAGGUGCUAAGGACUUUUUAGCAUUGGCUGGUGCAGGUUGGGGAAUGAGAGCAUCUCAACUGAAAAGAAUAUACAAUUAGAAAUGGAAGCUAAGGUCAGGGCCUUUGGAGGGCAAUGAUUGGCCAGUCCAGGAGAAUCCUGGGUAGGGGAGAUUACCAGAGGAAGGAGGGCAGGAGAACCUGGGCUGUUAGGCAAAAGAAUGUGUCUUAUUUUCCUGCAAUAAAAGCCUUUACUUAAAAAAAA